AUGGCUCGUUGCAGAAUUAUUCGUCCUUGUGCCAAGACCUACACACAGAUGAUACAGAACAAUGACGGCCACCAUGCUAGCUAUUCGGAAAUGCCAUCAUUCCUGGCGAAUUUUGCCAUCACAAUGACAUCCGCUCGAUGGCGUUGGGACAUUAGCUAUUCGCAUUUCCUCUCUUCAGCUAAAAUUGCAGAGCAGAGAGAGCGUGGCGCCGGACGCGGAAACUUGAGCCUUACGAUAUCUUCCACAAAUUCCGGAACCGUGCUUGAUCGGUGCUGUUUGUUGCUUGGUCCCUCAUGCCAUCCUCACCACCAUGUCCAAUUCCCCUUCUUCCAACGCCCUCCACCUAGCUCAAGUUCCUGGAUCCCCAGUUCCCGCCCAAAGUUGACCCAGUCCGUUGGGACGGCCAGCCUGACCGGUGCCGGCACCGACAGCCAAUACCCACCCGGGAACUUCCGCAGUGGCGAGAUAUAA